AUUACAUGUGAGAUCCACAAAAAAAGUUGAUUGAAUUAAUAUAGUAGAGAUCAUGGAGAGUAACAGUAGAAGUAGUAGUAAUAAUGAGGAUAUGAGUUUGCCGAUUGCAAAUGUGGGAAGAAUAAUGAAGCAGGUGGUGCCAGGAAGUGGAAAGAUCUCAAAAGAAGGGAAGCAGUUAAUGCAAGAGUGCGUGACAGAGUUCAUAAGCUUUGUGACGGGUGAGGCCUCUGCCAAGUGUCACAAGGAGAAUCGAAAGACCGUUAACGGCGACGACAUCUGCUGGGCGCUUUCUUCCUUAGGGUUUGACAACUACGCCGAGGCCAUCUCCAGGUAAUUUCUGACUGAAAUUGAGGGACUUGAGCAAAACUCUGAAAAAGGCUGACAAAAG